AUGUCUGAAACAGCUAACACGAAUCCGUCCUCGAGGAUUUCUGCUUCGUCGGGUCCAUUCUCUCAAGCGAAACACGAGACAAAAGAAGACUGGUACACAUUCAACAACAAAGUUUAUACUAUAAAAGAUGGCAACGUUAUAGCCAAAGAUCCAAAGCAAGCUGAUAGUGUUGACGUGGGUGCUCAAAUGGCCGUUCACACUGCCGCUGCUUCCAAUAAUCAGUCGGGAGGAUUGUCCAUCAAAAUUGUAGACGAUUAUCUGUGUUGGGCUCCGAACAAGAGAUCGUUGUUCACCUACAAGAAUCAAACCUACUGGGCUGUCACAGAUCCUGACGGCGUCCACGUCAGGGACAGCAACGGAGUUGUUGAGGGAAUCGAUCAGGACGCUCAAAAUGCAGUUCACCGUGCCUAUGCCUCCUUUUCUGAGGGUGGAGACAUCAUCGUAGACGGUGAUACGUUUUCCGUCGUUCCGUAUUAG